UGACGUCUGAACCAGGAAGUCAAAGUCCAGGAGCUGCCGUCUGCUCAGAGGGACGACGGCGGGACGGACGCUCCCACAGACGCUUCACAGUGCUGGACUCGGGUCGGUCGGAGGAGGACGAGGAUCAAGAUGAAGAGCAAGCCGCUUUACGUUCCCGCGGUGAUGGCUGUGAUGUCAGCACUGGUGAAUGUGGUGUCAGCUUCAGCAUGGACGACAACAGCACCUUCUUUCAGGGCCAAUUUAAAUGGCAAGAUGUUCACUUUGUCUUCCAACGGAGGAGGAAUAUCUUUCUAUCCAGCCUAUUUUAACCCGUCAUCAACUACUAUCCCCCGCUACACCACCCGAUCCAUCCCAACCGCCAGACUGAGCACCACCCAAUUCACCACCACCGCCAGAUUGAGCACCACCCGAUUCACCCCCACCACCACCAGCACCACCAAAUCCACCCACACCACCACCAGCACCACCCGAUUCACCCCCACCACCACCAGCACCACCCGAUUCACCCCCACCACCACCAGCACCACCAAAUCCGCCCACACCACCACCCGAUUCACCCCCACCACCACCAGCACCACCAAAUCCACCCCCACCUACCCUCCCUGGACCUCAGCACCUCCCGUCAGAGGUGUAUCCGUCUGUCUGCGAUUCCUCACCGACUACCAGCAGUCCAGUAGCCCCACAAUCUUCACGCUCAGUCCAUCCAGCCGGAACCCACUGAAGAUGGCAGUCAGUGUCAGUGGUGUUUACGUGCUGAGCUUUGACAGAUACGAGUACAACAGGCUGUACUUGCAACCCAACAAAUUAUUCUGGACACACAUUGAACCAGAGAUCUGGACCACAGUCUGCCUGACCGUGGACUCCAUGAAGAAUGUAGCGCAGGUGUUUAGCGGCCCCAGAAUUAGCAUCAGGAAGAUGCUGCCCUCUGAGUAUGCCUGGUCAGGUGAGCCUGUAAUUUAUUUUCCAGGUUUUGAUGGUCAGGUGACAGACGUCCAAGUGUGGGAUUAUCCUAUCUCCUACAGGGAAAUCUACAACUACAUGACCACCAGCGUCUACAGGCCUGACGUUGGCUCCGUCCUCACCUGGUCCUCCAUCAGCUACUCUCCCAGAGGAAGGACACUAUUGGAAGACAUCUAUGAGAGGCAGGCAAAACGCCUCGUCGGCAGAAGGGGGAGAUGGCAUCGUCCAAAGGGAGGGAAGAAGAAGACCAGGCUGUUUUCCAGCAUGGGGGAAAGGAAGGAUAGAAAGGAACAACAGCUGUAAUACAAACAUAUUUGGCUUGUGUAUGAAAAGUAUUUGUAUCCUGUGUUCUGUUCUUCAUAUAAUAACAUAAUUUACAACAAUCAAUCUACAAUCAAUAAUUAAUAAUAAACUAAAAAGAAUGUGAUUGUACAUUACAUACAAAUUUACCAGCAGCGGAAAUCACAAAUCACUUAGUUGACUUACAUUCACCAUGAGGCCAUAAAUGCACCUCCUAUUGAAUGAUUAAGUUGCUCAGUAUCUGCUGAGCUUCUCCCAGUGCUAUCCACAGAAAUGCUAAGGGAAGCUGUGGUUGAAGUAAUGUCAACUGUUAGCAGUGGAGCUAAACAGAAAAAAAAGUACAACUGAGGAUCUGAAGAAUCAUGAAGAAUCCUCUCUGUCAUUACUCUCACAGCAGCCUUCUUGGUCGUGUGGUAUAGACAUUAAUAUACAAACGAGAAGAAAGUGGUUUCGACACACAGCUAUUUUCACAGCUAGCUUGUAAGCUAACCAGCUCACUUAGCUUACUGAAGUUAGCUUGCCUAAUGAGUGCAAGCUAACGCGAGCUAACCUCAUCUGCAGCCAAAAAUAUUAAAAUAUGAACCAAUAUUCCUCUUGCAGUGUUUGCAACAUGUUUUUCACUUAACUUCAACUUCACUUUGUCUUGGUUAAUCAUAAAUAAAACAUCCCCAAAUGUUAAAAAUGGCCACUGUGUGAAUUUUUUUUUAUUAUGAUACCGUGUCAAGCAAAAGCAAACAAUGUCAUGAAAGACACUCAGCAGUGAAUAUUUUCCAAAAAAGCUUCAAGUUACAAUUAAGUUAAACAUAAGACCAUGAUAAACGUCUUUGCAGUUGCUUAUAAAAAACAAAAUCCAACUGGAGGCCAUCAUGUGAAAACAGGUCAACGGGGAGCAAUUUCACAACAGUGUUUUCAUUGCAACGCUUCUCUUUAAUACUUUUAAAGAAACUGACUGUAGUCCUUCAGGCCAUCAGAGUGGUUUAGUGUAGUGGUUAUAUGGCUUCAAGAAAAACAAUGACAUCAGAGCAAAAAUAUUCAACAUAAUCGCCAAUAAUUGUACCAUCUUACGUCGACAUUUUGAAUUUGCAGUCUUUAUCUGCCGCAGCACUUGAUGGAAGACAAACAUUUUGGCGCUUUGACAGAAAAAUGCCAAAGCUAACAAGCUAAUGUAGACUGGCUGAUAGUUUACAUGACCACUAACUUGUGGUUUACAAAGGCCGUAAAUAAGGAAACCUUUAAACACACUACAUGCUUUUCAGUCAUGAUUGAUAUCUCAUGUACAUGUACUAUCAAACCCAUCUUUUUGUGAGGGUGUUUUGUGAUCUCACAGAUGUUAUUUCUCUGCUCUCUGUGAUGUUUUCCUUGUUUACAACCAGUGUUUACAUUUAGUAUUCAAUUCACACAUUGAAUGCAGCUCUGCUCAUCUUCUGUGCUGGGUGAGCAGGUCCGGGUAGUGAUCGGCUCCACCUGGGGAAAUACUGGAUUUAGCUGUUGGUUUUCCCCGCUGCAAAGCUUUUAAUCUUACUGGAAUUAGUGAAUAAAUAUAUUCAAGUAUUGUACAUUAAGAUAUUUGUGCUAGACUUAAGUGUGAGCCCUCACAGGAUACCCAGCAUUAUUUUAAGUAGUAGCAGAUGGUGAGGUAAAUGAUGUGUACCUCUUUAGAUACUUUGAGUAUAUUGUCACAUUAAUACUUCCCUUUUUUUUUUUAAAUUGUAAAAACUGCCAUCUGUAAGAUCACAAAAAUACAUUCACCGACAGGUUAUUUUAAUCUUUUGUUUUGAACUUUAAGCCUACCAUAGAUGACAAGAGCAGACACUGCAAAAAAACAAAA